AUGGCGUCGUCGGACUCGGACUUCAACGGGGAGUGUUUUGUUGAGUUCAACCCGCACCCUUAUCAAGGAGGCUACGACAUCGGGUUCACGUACGGUCAGCCCCUCCCGCCGAGCUCGGCGAUCUGCUACCCGAUCUCGUCUUCGGCGUCCUCGCCUGUGUCGGAGCCCCCGCCCCCGUCUGACGUAGCGGAGCGACGUGAUUCUUCUGACCGCCGAGGCGAUGAGGAGAAGCAGAGCGAUGAGGAUUACCCUGGUGCGUAUGGCAUUAAGGACUUUGAUGGUCCUGCGCGCGAUUUUCGUCCUCGCGAUCCUGAGCCUUACUCGGAUACGUCUGGUUAUCGGCCUGUCUCCGCUCCAUUCGAAGAGAGGCGUGCAGGAAGAAAGGCGAGGGAUCAGAAUCCGCUGAACUGGGCUGUGGAUUACCUAUUUGCUUAUUUGCACACAUACGGAGAAAAAAGGGACGAGAGCCAUAACUAUGCCAAUCUGAAUUAUGCGUAUGAAAGGCAUCAACCCCAGGAGGCCCUCUUAAUUCAGUCCAGUCAUCACGAGGCUUUGAGUUAUGAAAAGCUUUGUUACCGCGAGGAUUACCAGGAGGAAGGGCUAUUUGGUUUUUCCCACGAGUACGAAGAAAAAAGGGACGAGAGUCAUAACUAUGGCAAUCUCAAUUACGCAUACGAAAGUCAACAGCCCCAGAAUGGCCUCUUAUUUCGGUCCAGCUCUCCUGACGCUUUGCGUUAUGGAAGCCCUUGUUACCACGAGGAUCACCAGGAGGAAGGCUUAUUUGGUUUUUUCCACGCAUAUGGAGGAAAACGAGACGAGAGCAAUAGUUAUGGCAAUAUUAGUUAUGGAUACGAAACACAGCAAUCCCAGGAGGCCCUCUUAGUUCGGUCCAGUUCUCAUGAGGCUUUGAGCUAUGAAAAACCUUGUUACGACGAGGAUUUCCAGGAGGAAAGCCUAUUUGGUUUUUUCCCCACAUAUGGAGAAAAAAGGGAAGAGCGCUAUAACUGUGGUAAUCUUAGUUAUGCAUACGAAAGGCACCAACCCCAGGAAUCCCUAUUAAUUCAUCUCAGUCCUCCUGAGGCUUUGAGUUAUGAGAAGCCCAGUUGCGAUGAUGCCUACCAGAAGGAAGUCUGCCCGUAUCCCCUAGAUUCAUCCGGCUAUGGAGGAGACUCCUAUCAGUGGUCUCAUUCUGAGACUGCGUAUGCUGAGUCUCCUACUUACCAUGAAGACAGUCCUGAACCGGUGUAUCCACGAUCAGAAUAUACACAUGCCUUCGAAAGGUACCGCCAUGAGCAACCCCACUCCGUUCAACAUGAGUCAGCUAAGAAUGUCUGGCUUCAGAAUCUGGAUUUAUUUGGCUUCUUUGAUAGCCAUGAGAGACCCCAGCCAGAAGAGGUUCAGGCCUAUGGAGGUAAAUUUCACGAGCAAUCCUUGGACAAUGUUAAUUAUAACGAACAAUCAUGGUAUCAAAGCACUAACAGCAAUGAGUUUUAUGGGGUGAAAAUAAAUGAGAACAAGGAGGUGAACUCUUACCACAACUUCAGUUGGGGUAAGUGAUCAAUUUCGUCGCACCUUUUAUUUUUUGAUCGUCUAGUUUAGGUUUCACCACUAACCAGUAUUUAAUUGUGGAACUUUUUUUGUUGUUUGCUACUUUCAUUUUAUAA